UUUUGGGAGAGAGGGCAAUUUGCAGCCGCCGUAAUUCCCACGGGCUGCCCCCGGGACCGUCCUUGGGGAGGCAGCACGCCUGAUUCAGUGUCACCCCCACAUCGUCGCCUGCGGGACUCGUGCGCCUGCGAGGAGGCGACGCGAGGAGGCGCCGAGCACAGCUGAGCAGCCAUGGGCUUCUUCUCGUCGCCGAAGCACGCCGAUGAUGACGACGAGCCCGCCCAGGCGACGGUGCGGUACUGUAGCUGUCUACCCCAGUCCGCCACCACCCGAAAGAAGCGCCUCGAGCGGAAUAGAAAUAGAAGCGAUCUCCUGAACUCCUUCGCGAAGUUCUCGCCGGCGUCUGUCCAUGCGGAAUUAUUAGAGGUCUGCCCGCCGACGUCGCCGAGCGUGCGAGACAUCCUGUCGAAGAGCACGAGGCGCUUACCUGCCGCGUGUGAUCAGCCGUCCGCGAGGCCGGGCCGCGGCGCGUUGCUCUUCGUCGAUAUCAGUGGGUUUACGGCUUUGUCGACGUCACUCGGGAUCGAUGCAUUAAAAAGACAUAUCAACGAGAUCUACACGCGAGCCGUAGGUAUAAUAGCGAGGAACGGCGGCGACGUCUUAAAAUUCGCGGGCGACGCGAUGCUCGUGCUCUUCCCCGUCGCCGGUGCUGGCGAGGGCGACUUGGACGGGGCCUGUGCGCUGGCCGCGAAGUGCGCGCUCGAGCUCACUAAAGCAUCCACCGGUGGAGUCCAUAAAGUGGACGAGGACGGCGUUUCCGCCGUGCUGCGGAUGCACUGCGCCAUCGGGUGUGGUAGCUACGUUUUGUACCGAGUCGGGGACCGGGACCGGUGGGAGUCGGUCAUUGCUGGGGAGCCCUUACAACAAAUUACGAUCAGUGAACCGUGCGCGUCGGCGGGCAUGACGGCGUGCUCUCCACAAACGUGGCCGCGGCUCGAGCGCAAGGGCUACAAAGGGAAGAAAACACACAAAGAGUGUCGCAUCAUCCAAGCGCAGCCGCGGCGCAAUUCGUUUGAUUUCGGCUUUCGGCGAGACCAGGAGGAACCGUCCUUGAUCCAGUUGCAGCACCAAGGGAACAGUAGCUCAAGAUUAACGCAGAAGGCCCACAUGAGUAUUUUGAAGACGUACCUCGUCCCUUCAGUCCGAGAAAUUUUUGAACAACUGGGCGACUCCGGGAGCCUGUCGCCGGACAAGAAGAAGUCGCUCGUGGAGAAGGCGCCGGAGGACCAUUUAGCCGAACAGAGGAAGGUCAGUACGGUCUUCGUCGAGAUUCGGAACCUCGAGGACGCGUUGCUGAGUGGCGACUUGGAUCGAGUGCAGACGUGCUUUCUCACUAUAAAACUGUGCGUCGAGGACAAGCGCGGGAUGUUAAGGCAGUUCAUCGUCGACGACAAGGGUCCGUGUCUCGGCGUCCCGUGACUCGUGUCUCACACACGAUUUUGAGGCCGUUCGGACCGCGUCGAGAGACCACGUCACCCUGAGAUGGAGGCGCGUCGCGACGCCAUCGCCGGAAUGACGUUCGAUGGACACAGGCGUCGUGGCCAUCGCGUUCUUCGGCGUCCGGGGCCACUCGUUCGAGGACAACGAGUACCGGGCGGCGCAUGUUGCUUUAGCGAUUGUCAGUGCCUUGAAGCGGUACGACUUGCGGGCGAAGUGCGGCGUGACGGUCGGCGUCGGCUUUUGUGGACUUGUCGGCGCGCCGAACCGGUCCAGACCAGCGUCCCGUGCUACACUCCUGUCCGUCUCACGAUGACGUGGGUGGUUUUAUUUCCGACGUCAUGACUCGAAUCGGCCCAAAUUCGGACCAGAGACCUCGUCUCAUGGAGACGAGUCGUAUCAGUGAAGUGGAGGCGCCGCAACACUUCACAUGUCGUCCUCGCAGGUGCGAGUACGCCGUCAUGGGCCCUUCCGUGAAUUUAGCGGCGCGGCUCAUGUGCGCCGCGGCCAAGAGCGAUAAGGACGUCUACGUCGAGUCCGGCAUCGAGCGAGCUACCUCAGUUUCUCCGCAAGCUCGGCUCUGCGUCUUCAACGCGUGCGAACCCAUCAAGGCCAAGGGCUUCUCGGAGAUGGUCAAGGUCCGCGAUCUCGGCGUCCCACGUCGGUGCCUUCAUACCAUGCGACUCGUGUCCAUCAGACGAGAUCGAUUUGAGGCCGUUCGGACCGCGUCGCUCCGCGCAGGUGUUCAGCCUCGAGGAAGCAGCUAAAGAUAGAGCUCAUACUCUCACUCAUGAAGACGUGGCCUUCACGGGCAACGAUGAUGUAUUAAGAGACAUCAGCGCAGUGUUAGAUGCGGUGCGAGGCGAUAGUAGGGCGGGCAGCGAGUAUUCAGAUGAAUCAGAGGGCGACGAGUUUGACAUCGGCGACGCGUGUCGCGUGAUUAGUGUCGAUGGGGAGUCGGGACUAGGCAAAUCUCGGUUGCUCAGAGAGGUCCGGUCCGUGCAUCAAAAUGAGUGGAAAUGUGUGGAAGCCCACGCGGACGAGGUCUCGCAGGGCCGGCCCUUCGCCGUCUGGCUGUCGAUCAUCAGGAAUCUACUCACCGUCAGGAUGAGCGAGCCCGAGCCCAAGGCUCUGGGGCGGGAGUCGCCGCUCACCCUCGACGAUUCGGCCCACGAGUUGCUCCACCUGUCGGCACUGGCCUCGAAAGUGGGCAAGGCCCUCGACAUAGAAGAGGAAGAAGAGUACGAGGGCGGGGAACGAGCUAAAUUUGUUCAUGGCAAGAUGACGCGGAGUCAGCGCGUCAAGUUCGGCGGUCACCUGUCGUGUUUUGAUGAAGACGACGAGGAGUGCGCUCUCCGCGUUUUAUGAAGGUGCCUUCAUUCGAUGCGACUCGUACCAUGUCGUGGGUGGUUUCUUUUUCGAGUUUGGGGCCAUUCGGACCGCGUCGGGGCCGUCGCGGCGCGGUCGCGUCGAUGGCGUCUUCACGAGACAGCGCCGCCGCGACGCCGUCGACGCGAUCCCACGAGGGUCUACGUGGUCAUCAGGACGCCGUCGACGCGAUGCCACAUCGGACCGCGUCGCGAGACCGCGAUGCUCCGCGCAGGUUGACUGGAAGCCCGGUCUUCAAGCGCGAAUUUCUGGGCGCGGUCUUUGCGGCCCUCACCUCAAGUCAGGGCAAGGGCUUCCUACCUAGAAGAACGCUGAUACUCUUGGACAACGCCCAUCGACUCGACGCGCCGUCGUGGGAGCUCCUCGAGGAUUUAACGGCGAAGCCGCCGGCCAGACGUGGUCGAGCGAGAGUUGUCGUCGUCCUAGCUAAAAGGGGCGGCGCGGAACUCCCCGCUGCGUGGGAGCGGUUAGCGUCCUUCGAAGAUCGCAUCCUCCACCUCACGCUACAGCCUUUGGACGCCUUCGCGUCGUCAAGACUGUUGUGCGCCGCACUAGAUGUACCCUUACACGCCGUGACGCCGGCCACCGUAGAAAACGUGAGGAGGAAGUGUGCCGGCCUACCAGUCUUAGUACUGGCGUUAUGUGACGACCUGUGUGGAAAUCAAACUUCAGGCGCCCUGCGUCUGCUCGAUGGCGUGGAGGCUCACGAAGUCCACCUGUCCGAACGGCCUCAACAUCGAAAAAGAAACCACCGCAGGACUCACCGGUCGCUGGCCGCGCAGGCGACGCCAUCGAGAACCACGUGCGCAAGCUCGAGGACGGCCAGGUCGACGACGUGCUGCCCGACGAUAAUGAAGAUAGAGAUGCUGUCAGAGGUAUGGCCUCGCCCGAGACGCGCGAGGUCGUGCGGAGCGCUCUCAGAAAAGUGCCGUGCUUCAUUAAUUUAGAUGAUGAAAAAAAGUUCUCGUACUGACUCGGUGUUGAAGUUGACCUUGAACUUGAUCUGGUGGCGGCGCUGGCGUCUCCACGAAGCCGCACCGCCGCGACGUCUUCAUUGAGACCGCAUGAGAGUCCACACGUCUCCACACAGGUACGUCUGCCAUCGACUGCGUAGACUACAUAGCGCACCUGGAGAAACUGUGAUCAGUGAAGGAGAGCAGGGGUCGACGGUCUACAUCCUGCUGGAGGGGACGAUGGAGUGCUUCGUGGCCGGCGUGAAAGUGGCCGAAAUUAGCGAGGGGACGGUCGUCGGCGAGCGGGCCAUGCUGACGAACGCUGCCAGAAGUGCUACCGUCGUGGCGGCGACGGCCUGCGUCUCCUGGGUGCUGGAGCGGCGCCACGCCCGGUACCUCAUGAAGGAGGCGGACGGCGUCUGGCGGCGCGUGUUGGCGCUCGAGUCGUUGUCGAUCCCCUCGCCCGACGACAACAGCAUCAUGCCGUCGGGUCUCGAAGGCAUCAUCACGCAGAAGCUCGACGCUUUGAGUUUGAACGCGACUACCUUCGCGAAGCUCGCUUCCGCAUUUGGCGCAGUGUUUCAUAAAGAGGCGCUGCGGACGUGCUUUCCGGGCCCGAAGGAUAGCGGCAACGACGACGCCAUCGACGAGUUAGUGAAAGCUCAGUUGAUCGUGGCGGAUUCGCAUGGCACCGAUCGCAAAAAACACUAGAGCGGCACAGCGCCUAGCUUGGUCGCAACGAAUUGCGGAGGAGCGGGGCGAUCUAGGCGGUUCGGUGUACGGCGGCGGGCGCGCGUCGAAUUAUGGGGAUGACUUUAGAUCUGUGGCGGGCGACGACCUACGGUCCAUUGCGGGCGACCGCAUGUCGUGUCGCGGAAGUGUCGUGGGUGGCGAUAGUUCGGACGUCGGAAGCACGGAAACUAGAUUAAGAUCGGAUUCGGCAGAACCAGUAGAUCAUGAAGAUUUACUGGAGAAGUUUAGAGCAUCAGAAAGAGCCAAGAGAAACAGGCGGCCGGCGGGCCUGUACCGGUUUAGGAACCAGCAAAUCGCCGAGGUGAUUUAUGGGGUGGUGCCCGACGAGCAGAAGCGCGAGUACCACCGGCGCAUCGCGGAGUUCUUCGAGGACUGUCUAUGUGUCUUGGAAGGUCGGGAAUGCAUCACGCAUACGGACGAACGGAGAGCCAUCGACACGGUCGUCGCUGCCUUGAAACUCACGACGAAGGACUUGCAUCUGUUGUUGGCUGAUCAUAGCACGAAAUCACGGUCUCUAGACGGCAAGGCGAAAGAAUAUAGUCUGUUGGCUGCGAGGGAUGCCACGGCGCUAGGCUUGUACCGAGAAGCGGAACAGCAUUAUAGAAGGGUCGUAAGCAUGGAGCAGCCGUCCUUCGUCGAAGAGGAAGUCGGGAAAUUAUCGCUAGCGAAAGCUGCUCGAUUGUCAGCUUUUCUAGGGUUGGCUGAACUCUAUGCGAGGUUUGAAUUGGCACCUAGGCCAAGAGAUGUGGACCGAGAGCAAGCGCCUUUAGGAGAAGGCCCGAUACCCCUCCUCACAAGGGGAUUAGAGAUGCUCGGCGUCGACUCCGACGAGCUCGCGGAGGCCGACUUUAGUGCUGGUUGUAUAGCUAAAAAUGAAACUGAGUUACCGAACGAGGAACUCGACUUAUUAGCAAGAGCGCUGAACCAACUCGGAUGGUGCCUCAUGCGUUCCGGAGUAGCUUUGGAGAGCAGACGACGCUGCCGGCUCACGGAGGGCUGCUUUGCGCACGCCGUGCGCAUAGCGAAGAAGCGCAACGACCUACCCUUUGCUGCGAGUGCUUUGAACGGCUUCGGGACCUUCUACCAGAACUGCGCGCAGCGCGCGGGGGCCGCGAAAGAACAAGCGGUUGUGCGACGUCGUGCACGGCGACGCGCGGACCGUGCUCCGGAAACCUUCUCUGAAAAAACAGGUCUCGGCGAAGAAAUUCGUGAAAUAUCAGAAGGUGCCUCCACCUGCUAGCGGUCGAAGGUGCUGACUCAGCGUGGUUUCCGAACUUUUCCGAACUUCAACUUCGCGUCGAUGGCGUCAACGCGAUGCCACACCGCCGUGACGCCGUCUUCAUGAUCAUCAGAGCGUCUGCGCGUCUCGCGAGCGAGCCGCGGCCGCGUCGUGACGCUGUCGUUCGACACAGGUGGGGCUCGGCCUCCACUUCAUCAAUGGAGGACGACGACUUAUAUGGAUCUACGUUAAUACUAGAGCGUUCUGCAUUGUACAAAAAGGCCGAGGGUAAAUUGAUGGAGGCUCUGCGUAUCAGGGAAGAUGGGAAUGGUUCGCAUUUGGACGUCGCGCAAGUGGCCGUAUCACUAGGAUCGUUGACGGUCGAAAUGGCCAUCUUCGACGCGGCGCGGGCGUUCUUCGAUCUGGCAUUAAGGAAUUACACGUUCGACGAGAGCGCCGACGCGCACCCGCGCGCGGCGCACGCGCUCGCGGGCCUGGCGCGCGUCCGGCGCCAUCAAGGUAGCAAGAUGCUCCAGCAGCGCGACUCCUUAUCUGCGAGGCGGGCCGGGCUACUUGUCUUAGACGAAGCCAUCAACUUCCAGGCCCAGGCUGUUCGCAGUAGAGCUUCAUUGGGCCAGCGCCACGGCUUGUACCAGGCUUCGGUUGCUGAAUUAAGGGCCAUGGAAAGUCAAAGGGAUCAAGUGGAACGGGCCAUGAAAAGUGCCGACGCCGACGCGCCGCCCUCGCCUCCGUCCUCGAUGGCGGCGUCGUCGCCGGAGCGCGGCUCGCCCCUGCGCGAGAUCAGCCCGUCCGGGCAAGUUAGGGUGAUAGCGCCGACGGCUCCUACUUUAGCGGAAUGUAGGGGCUCGCCGGCGAACACGCCGCGGAACGGCAACCCGGCGCCGCCCCACGACUGAAUUCGUACUUUACCGGACGUCCAUCUGCGCGUCCAAUCUCUCUCUCUAUACGGUGUACAUAAC